GUCAGACUCAGAGGGAUUCAGGGAGUCCGAGGGGCAGAUGUUCUGAAUUGUUGUUCGAAAGCAGAAGCUGAAUGCCCGCAAGCCGAACUGUGAAGAAUGCAGCAAGAAGCUUGAAGGCGAAAAGGAGGAAAGAUUAUUGAGGGUUCAGCAGGUAGGAGAGAAGAGGGCAAAAAGCAGUGAGGAGUGGUAGUGACAACAGACGCCUUAUUAUGCAUCUGUAGGACCUUCACGAAAGGAAGCAGUCAAAGUGAGAGUACCACUUGUUCCUGGAAAGCAGCAUCCUGCAUUGUCCAAGCAUGGCCGCGACAAUGCAUGCGUGCAGAUGCUCGCUGCAAACGGGAGCAAGCCUUGGCCUAACUUCGCAGCGCACAACAAGGCACCAGGAAAGUUUUGCCGCCCUGCCGAAGCCUGUUAAAUCAGAGGCGGUUGGCCGGAGUGCCUUCUUGGGGGCUCCCGCUGCUAAGCAUGGCCAGUUUAGGAAUGAUAUGGCAGUGCCUCAACAAGCACGAGUGGGAAAAGUGAGCGACGCUAGGAAAGUUCAAUGCGCAGCCGCUUCCACUGCUGCUGUCAUGUCCGGCACUCCGGUCAGAAACACGAGCAUCCUAGUUGUUGGUGCCACCGGCACCUUGGGGCGGCAGAUUGUUCGGAGGGCGCUCGACGAGGGCUACGAUGUCAGGUGCCUUGUGCGGCCCAGGCCGGUGUCUGCAGAGUUCCUCAGGGAGUGGGGGGCAACGACGGUGCAGGGCGACCUUACAAAGCCCGAGAGCCUGCCGGCGGCCCUGGUCGGUAUCCACACCGUCAUUGAUUGCGCAACGGGGCGGCCAGAGGAGCCUAUCAGAAAGGUGGACUGGGAUGGCAAGGUCGCCCUGAUCCAGUGCGCCAAGGCGUUGGGCAUCCAGCGGUACGUGUUCUUCUCCAUCCACAACUGCGACAAGCACCCCGAGGUGCCGCUCAUGGAGAUCAAGCGCUGCACCGAGGCCUACCUCGCGGACUCGGGCCUCGACUACACCGUCCUCCGCCUCUGCGGUUUCAUGCAGGGCCUGAUCAGCCAGUAUGCCGUGCCAGUUCUCGAGGAGAAGGCUGUGUGGGGCACAGACGCUCCUACUAGAAUUGCGUACACAGACGCUCAGGAUGUUGCCAAGUGGACGCUCGCUGCGCUUCGAUCCGAGAAGUUCGAGAAGCAGGUUGCCACGCUAGCAGGGCCCCGCGCCUUCACCACCCAGGAGAUCAUUGCGCUGUGCGAGCGGUUCGCCGGGCAGGAUGCGAAGGUGACAACGGUGCCGCUGGGGAUCCUGCGGGUGACGCGCGCGAUCACGCGCCUCUUCCAGUGGACCACCGACGCGGCGGACCGGCUUGCCUUCUCAGAGGUAUUGACGAGUGAUACCGUCUUCUCGGCCCCGAUGACCGAGACAUUCAAGGCCCUAGGAGUCGACCCACUCGAGACGACCACUCUAGAAAAGUAUCUCCAAGAGUACUACGGUCAGAUCUUGAAAAAGUUGAAGGACUUGAAAGCAGGUAGUAGACAAGGUGACUUCUAUAUCUAACAUUCCAGCGUCACAUCUUGGUAGGGCCAGUAGAGACUGGAUCUUUGCGUUCUUGCAGCGAGUGUUUGCGGGCUGUGUGGCCCAAGGUGAUUGGAAAGUGAGGUUGAGUAAUUUCAGUGUAUCAAAACACUGCGUUGAAGUCCUGUUGACAGGAUCUUACAGCUGCUUUCGUGGACGGUUGUAUUUUCUUGCGAGCUGAUAUAGCUCAGCCUCCAUCAGCGAGCGGAUGCUUCUCAGACAUGCCGUCCGUGCUAUAAGCUGUAACUCGCACGAAAAUCUCGUAUUGGCGAUAUACCCUAAGUUCAGCGCUGUAUUGUACAUUGAUGUCAGAG